AUGCUUCGUUACGUUAUCGCUAUCGCCAUCUUUGCUCUCGGCGGUGAGGAAAAUUUCCUUUUUUCCAGCUUUUUUCAUUCAGAAAAAACUUUAGUUCAAUCAUAGUUUUUGAUCAGGUAUUUAAGGGCAUAGAAAAACUUUAAAAACUUAUUUUAUAUGUCUGAUUUGAACAGAAAAUGACCGGUUGUAAAAUUAAAAAUGCGGUUCACAAGGGUAUACUUCUUUCAUGAAUAUUUUAAUUUUUUUGUGCUUAAAUGCAGAAAAAAACGGUUUUUCUGAGGGUACUGUUAACCUGAAGCUUCCAUAACUUUUUUUAUAUUUCAUUCCAUCAAAAACUUUUUCCAGUUUCCGCCCAGCAGACCCGCCCGCCGCCCCACAACUGCACUGCGGCGGAAAGCGCUGUAAAUUAAUUUUUUUGAAGAUUUAUUGAAAAAAAUUUCCAAUUUAGCAAGAGAAACAAUGCUUCCAACAGUACUACAACAACUUCGGACCCCCCAACCCGUUCACUUUUAUGAACUGGGCUUUGGCCUACCAAGGAAGAAUCAACGCCACCGGACGUAACGCCUUUGAUCAAAAUUGCCUGUGGGCUUUUUUUUUGCUGACUUGAUAACUUUAUAACGGCUCCUAUAGUUUGAUUGAAGAAAAUUCGAAACUUAGGGGGGUUUAUUAUGAAUUUUGAGGAAAGUAGCAAAUUGAAAAAGAAAAAAGGCUAAAUUAAAAAAGAUAACUGGGUUCAAUAUUCCAUUAAAAGCAUAAGGGCGGUAAAAAACGUAUGUUUCAGGUGAAAGUCCCCCUUUUUUACUGCCCCUAUGCCUUCAAAUGAACUGACUGUUUCGAGUAUUUGAGGUUUUUUUUUUUGGAAAACCUCUCAAAUUUUGACGGAGUUUUUUUUAUAGCCGAUAGAGCUGUCUUAUGUCGAAAAAAAAUACCUUUUCUCCCAAGUUUUUGUAAAAAGGUACAAUGCCAGAAGCUUGAAAUAUGUGUCUUUCAAAAAUCAAUUAGAAACAUUUUUUAGCGGCUCGCUUUUUGUUUUGGGAGAGCUAUAAACAUAUAUUUUUUUGUAGUAUAUUCUAUAUUUGAUUUUCAUAUUCUCCAGUUAAUCGUCCCUUUGACAGUUGGCAACACAACCUCGACGACUGCUCCCGAGGCGGAAACACCAGGAGAUGUCUGACCAACGACAACUUCGCUCAGUGGUUCGGAGUCAGUGGAAACGACUCGAUCAGCUUCCGCACCGAAUUCUACAUCACCCAGUACGAGUGUGGACCUGGAAAACGAGGUCUCUUUUUAUAUUUCAGGAAAAAGUAAAAAAUUUUCUCAAAUUCAUUUUGCACAGAUUUCGAAUGUCAAUUAUCUGGUUUCGUCCACAAAGAUCAAAAAAUAGAGCGCUAUUAUAUUAUAGUCUUUGUGCCACGACUUGGAAUUUCCCCGAACGACAUUCCGCUGUUCCGCUGCGUGCGUUCGCGAAGCGUCUUUCGAAUCUAGGUCACGCUUUCAAUUGAUUGUUAAUGCUGUGGGAGCACAUGAAAGUAGAGUACCUUGAUAAAAAAAAAAAUUGAAAGCGCGACCAAGGUUCGCAAAGGCGCGCGGCGGCACAGCGGAAUGUCGUUUGGUGAAAUUCCCAGUAGUGGUACACAGACUAUAAAAUUGACCUUUUUUCCCGUCUCGAUUUUCAAAAGCAAGUGUUUCAUUCGUUUGCAGUCAUGGACCAGAACUUUGACUGCAUCAACAAGGUCUGGCUUUACGAGAACAACGACCUGAACUCUUGCUACAACACCUUCCUCAAGAACCAGGGACAGAAUUUCUGCAAGUAAACUGCUGAUAUUUUCGGAAUUUAAUAAUUUUUGUUAUCUUUAGAGCGUACAAUCAGUACAUCUACUGCGUUGACAACAUCUACAAUAUUAUGUGUGGACCGGCCGUCCGGGGACUCGUCUGCCAGAUUGAAGAAAUCGGCUUGGAGGUUUUAUAUUUGAAGACUCAACUGUAGUUCAUUCACCGCUGACUUGAUCGAAAAUCUAGUUAUUAGAAGAAAUAGGGGGGUAAAAUAAGAGAUUUAGAGAUUUCCGCAGUGUUUACCACAAGCCAGCUGUGAAUGAAGUAUAUUUAAAAAUUGAUAGGAAAAUUCGAAAAAAAAAACUUUCAGGUCAACACACAUCAAUGCGACCGGGUUCUACAGCACUGUAACAACAGAAAUUGA